AUGUCUCUUUCUUCCGAUUUCCGUACUAAGGAGGUUGACACCCUGAACCAAGAUGGAAAUUCUUCCUCUGAAGGGUCUGUAAAUGACUAUAAUAAAAAUGAUACCGUGUCUUAUUGUGGAAACCGUGAAGAUAACGAAGAGGAGGAUCUCGAUGAUGAGUUAGUACGGAUUGAAUCUUCGGCGAGGACGUCAAGGCAGUUAAGUCGCUUGAUUACUGGUCAGGCAUCUUUGAUAGAAAAAGCAAACGAUACAGAUGAACCUCUACCUAAAAUGGGUGGUGGAAGAGAUCUUCCACCUUACCCUGGCAAUAAGGAAAUCUAUAUGGUAACUUUCGAUGGUCCUGAUGAUCCGCUUCAUCCUCAUAACUGGCCAUUCCGUAAAAAGUUGAUUCUGUGUGUUAUAGUUGCACUAUCUGCGUUGGCUUUGACAUUAGGAUCAGCAAUGUAUUCUACCGCUACCGAAGUUAUUAUGGAGAAAUUCCACGUGGGAGAGUCAGUGGCAACACUAGGAACUUCACUAUUUGUCUUUGGCUUUGCUUCAGGGCCCAUUGUCUGGGGACCAUUAUCUGAAUUAUAUGGAAGAAAAGCUGCUUUAGUGCCUUCUUGUUUUGGUUUUGUUUGUUUCACCUUCGCUGUUGCUACUGCAAAAGAUUUUCAGACAAUUAUGAUAUGUAGAUUUUUUGCUGGUUUCGUCGGUGCAGCACCAUUAGUUGUUGCUCCAGCUGCUAUGGCGGAUUUUUUUGAUGCAGCUACUAGAGGUUUGGCUAUGAAUACAUUUGCAUUGGUUGUUUUUGGUGGCCCAAUGUUGGCACCGAUUCUAGGCGCUUUCACAGUCAAGAACAGUGAGCUUGGGUGGAGAUGGACGUCAUAUUUUAGUGGCAUAGUCGGAUGUCUUCCUCUUGUUCUUUUAGUGUUAUUUUUUGAGGAACCGCAUCAUCCCAUAAUUUUGGCAAGGAAAGCAGAAGUAUUAAGAAGAAGGACAGGCAAUUGGGGAAUUCAAGCGCCUAUUGAUGAAGUAAGUUUGUCGCUCAAAGAAAUAUUCGAAAAUAACAUUACAAGACCUGUCAUAAUGCUUUUUACUGAACCCAUUUUAUUUUUGAUAUCCUUGUACAAUGCUUUUAUUUAUGGCUUGUUGUACACAUUUCUUACAGCUAUUCCAUUAAUAUUUUCAGGCAGGUAUGGUUUUGUUGGUGGUGUUGCUGAAUUGCCUUAUCUUUCUAUGCUUAUUGGAAUAUUCAUUGGUGGCAUUGUUUCUUUAUAUUUUGCCAAAACAUAUAAUAGGGCAAUGGUCGCUAAUAAUGGUAAACCUGUUCCCGAGGAACGUUUACCUCCCAUGAUGUUAGGAUCAUUCUUCUUUGCUGGUGGAUUGUUCUGGUUAGGUUGGGCUGGCGAUUUCCCGGAUAGAGUUCAUUGGAUCGUUCCGACUAUUGGAGCAUCUUUCAUCGGUUUUGGUUUACUCCUCAUCUUUUUGCCAUGUAUCAACUACAUUGUAGAUUGUUAUUUACUUUUCGCAGCAUCCGCGUUAGCGGGUAACAAUAUGUUACGUUCGUCAUUUGGGGGUGCUUUCCCUCUAUUUGCCUAUCAAAUGUUUACUAAUAUGCACAUUAAAUGGGCAUCUACGUUGUUAGGCUGCAUCGCAAUUGUCUUGAUUCCAGUGCCUUUUUUAUUUUAUAAAUAUGGUAAAGGUAUCAGGGCAAGGUCGAAAUAUGCCUUUGUACUUUGA